AUGACGGUAUCCAGGAACAAUACAAUACCUGCGUCUCAGGAUAUUAAGAUGCCUGCAAUAAAGGAGUACAAACACAUUCACGUGUUAAUAAAUGCUAGAAUGCGUACAGGAUCAUCUUUGACGGGUCGUUAUUUUUCUAACCAUCCUGACUUUAUGUACCUAUACGAACCGGAACUCACUUUACGACAUUCUCUUCGUUACAAUGUAUAUGACGACAGUACAGCGAAUAUAGAGAUAAUCCAAAAACCGUUCUACGAAAUUAUUGAAGGUUUUUUUGACUGUGAUUAUACAAGACGUCCUGAACUGUUACCGUUUAUAAACAAGACAGAAUGGAUGAAAUCAUCGAAUGGUUUUGCUCACCUUCAAGACACUGAGUUUAAUGCCAAAGAACUAAAUAAAAUAUGCGAGACGAAGAACUAUCGUGUGGUGAAGACGGUGCGGAUAAAUAAUAUUUCCAAAGGUCUUGAAACGUUAAAAAAGUAUGACGUGAAAGUCAUCCAAAUCGUAAGAGAUCCCCGGGGAAUGAUCAACUCGAGAAUAGACUUUGAGCACUUAGACGCACAACAGAAACAAGGUAAAAGCUCGCAAAAAAUCAGUGAAGCUAGUAAAAACUAUUGUAUAUGGUUAAAAACAAAUAUAGACGCUGUUUUCAAAGGGCCGACGUGGUUGAAGGAACACUAUAUGAUCGUGCGUUAUGAGGACCUGGUUGAAAAACCGCGUGAAUUAGUCCCGCUGAUGUACGACUUUAUAGGCUUGUCAAAUACAAACGAGACUGAUACAAUUUUAUCAAGCCAGAAAUCCAAACCAGGCAAUGCAAUUGCAUGGCGGUAUAGUUUACCAUUUAAUCAAACACGCAUUGUGCAAAAUAACUGUCCCGACGACAUAUUCGAAACACUAGGGUAUGUGAAAGUUAAGAAUGAAAACCAGCAACGUAAUAAUUCGUUCAAUCUGGUGACGUCAUCAUCACCCCAUAUUAGUAAAUUGAUAACACUGGAAUAA